CGGCGUGAAUUCCAUCUGAUUUUCCACCUACCACAUGCGUCAGUCUUCGGUGGUGGUAGUACAAGGUACUUACAAGCGGCAGUACACGUUACUACACAGCUCAAAACCCCAAGCGGCCCAUCGCUAGGAAGUGCGGAGAGAGCGAGGGAGUGAGUGAAGCUGUGAGAUCCAUGGCGUCCUCAGGUGAUGCAGCCAAAGAACAGGGUAAGUUUGAGUUAAGGCCACCUCCAUAUCCAUUGGACGCGUUGGCGCCUUACAUGAGCCUCAAUACACUGGAGUUCCACUGGGGAAAGCAUCACAGAGCUUAUGUGGACAAUCUAAACAAGCAAGUUUUGGGUACUGAACUGGGUGGAUUGUCACUAGAAAAUGUUAUUGUGAAAACAUACAAUAACGGAGAUCUUCAUCCUCCGUUCAAUAAUGCUGCCCAGGUAUGGAACCAUGAUUUCUUCUGGGAUUCUAUGAAGCCAGGAGGAGGAGGGCGGCCUGAAGGCCAUCUUUUAAAACUUAUUGAAAGAGAUUUUGGAUCUUAUGAUGCGUUUGAGAAGGAAUUCAGAACUGCUGCAAUUAGCCAGUUUGGUUCUGGUUGGGCAUGGCUUAUAUAUAAGGCUGAUGCCGGUGAGGUGAAAGGAGCGGAUCCUGUGCCUUUGGAAAAGGAUUACAAGCUUUCAAUUAUGAAGACACCAAAUGCUGUGAACCCCUUAGUGUGGGACUACUCGACGUUGCUGACUGUUGAUGUCUGGGAGCAUGCCUACUACCUCGAUUACCAGAACCGACGGCCCGACUAUGUAUCGGUCUUCCUGGAGAAGCUUAUUUCAUGGGAUGCAGUGAGUGCUCGACUGGAAGUUGCAGAGGCGAAAGCAGCGGAGAAGGCAAAAGGAAAGCUGUGAAUCUUGAAGCUCGAGAGACUAAAUAAGAGGAACCCACCUUUUCAUUUGUUGAGGGUGGAAGUACUGUUAGUUUUGAGUAGUAUGUUAUCUUUCAAGUUUCAGAAGAAUGGGUGCUGCAAUUUUCUGUUUGGUUCGGUCACUUCAGUGUUUAGAUGCUUUUAGAUCCGAUCUUAAGCCUGCUAUGACUUGUUUUAGAUCAUCUGGCGUUGUCGUUCCACAUCUUGCAAAAGCAAAUAAAAAGUCAAGCAGAGCAAAUUUGAACCGGAUAUGAAACAGUAGAUCAUUAAAAAUUCUGAUGGAUCUCAAAAUGCAUAAUGCGUCCAUGUAUACAGACCCCAGAGUAUUCAUAAUUAACUUGUACAGGGUGUGAUUCGGCAAAAUCUGGCUAUUUUAAUCCAAUUCAAUUCAGCUUGUAGCAAUGACUUGUUAAAAAUAUUAAUAUAUUGAAGGAAUCUAUGCUUCAA